AUGGCUAGAGAUUCAAAUUCAAAACUUGAAGUAAUAGAAUCAUUGCUUCCUACAACUCAGAUAAGCAAAUCAUUUGCACAAGAUGAAACUAUAACAGAUGGACUGAUAAAUAAUCUAAAACAUCUAAAGUAUAUAACGUUUACUUUACCAGUACUUUCAAGAUAUAAAUACACUUCGUAUCGUCAUAAUGGAUUAUUUAGUGAUGAAAUGGUAAGAUGUUAUAAACUUAUGGAGAGUACAGCAAUUGAUUUGGUUUAUAAAAUUGCAAUCAUAACAAGACACACUUGGAAGUAUGGUAGCAAUACUCAACAUUUUGCUAAGCAAUUUAUAUUUAUGUUUAAUUCAUUAUUUAUUGAUUUACCAUUGACAGGAUCAGAAUCAAUAGAACCAAGAACAAAAACAUUUCUUUUGGAAACAUUUGAUGAUUUAUAUUUCCAAAGACAAAUACAACUUAUAGUUCAUGAUGUGUUCUUAGGAUUAGAUAAUAUUUAUCUAAAGUAUUAUAUUGUUGACUUUUUAGAAGUGAAGUAUGGUUACAAAAUACCAGUAAAUUUUUUUGUAAUUGGUGUUUGCAGUUUAGGAUUACAAUUGUAUCGCGAUAAAAUUCAAGGAAUGACCAUAGUUCAACCAACCAUAGAAGUUGAAAAUGGACUCAAAACAUCGAUGUUCAAAUGGUUUAAAAUCAAUUUUUGA